GAGAAAGCCGCUCUACUAGAACGGCAGAGACACAAUCGCGAAAGAUGUCGAUGUUGUGAUUUGCGGUUGAGUCGGUUUCAUCCUCCAUUUGUUCUACUGCUUUAGCAUGUAAUGCUACUCCCUACAGUGGAGUUAAUUAAACUCUAUGGCAGGCCUCUUGUUUCUACCCCGCUGUCACACGCAACUUGAAAAAGCCUAGUUCUAGAUUAGACGUUAGCCCAUUCUGCACAAGCUCUUGACGAUAAC